AGCCAAUGAACACUAGAAUUCUAUACAGACCAGACGAUAAUUUAUCGCUAGCUCAGAAAAUAAAUAUGAGGUUUGUGAUAAACCCUAUGUUUCAUCGCGAGUUGCAUCAUGAAAUAACACCUGUUCAAGAAUCUUUUUGAUACUUUUCAGGAGUGAAUAAAAUGCUUCUCAGACACUUGGAUGACAAAUUAUGUGAAUUAGAGACCAAAAAUGCUUGCCACUUAAUUUCAUCCUGCAAAAAUGAUUCCUUCAAGGAAUUAGAUGGCUGUUAUGAUAGAAAAUAAACCCCUAGAGAACCCCUUUGACAAAUUUUGAGGCCUUAGAUGUCGUUCAGAGCCGCAUAUGGAAGCCAAUCAGAACGAAAACCAAGAAUUUUUAACAGGGCACAUGCCGGUGGGAUUGGCACACAAAUUGGGUAAAAGUCUAAAAAAUCCAGAAAAGAAUUAUGGAACUGUAGAUUAUGUAAAGCCUUUGCCUGUAUUUCAAAUUACAAGGAAUAGGUCUAAGGCUCCCAAACCAGAACAAGACUAUGAGAGGAAGAAUGUUUACUAUAAGACUUUACUGAGGGAUUUCAGAAAGUUUAUUCUUUGCGAGUUCAAUAAGUUUAUUAGAAAUUCUCUUUCUUCAAUGCCCAUACAUAUUUCAGAGUUAUUCACUACUAAGAUAUACGGAGGAGAAGGAAGCCUGAGUGAUAACAGCAUCUCUUAUUGUGUUUUGCAUAAGACAGUAAGGAUGAAAGUGUUCAUACACCUGCUAGAGGCCUUCACAGAUCACCUUAUCAAUCAUCAAUUUCAAGAAUACUCUACUUAUAAUUGAUGCCGAGGUGUUAGCACAAUACCAGCAAGUUUUACAAGUGAAGAAUCCUUACUAGAACAAACUUCUAUUACUCCUAAGGAAGAGCUAAUGCUUGUGCUUGGGUCUAUUAUCCACUACAAAGACUUUAGCCAGACUCGUUGGAAAAAGAGAAUGUCGACAAAACUGGUUGACUCCUGAGUCUCCAUUAACAGAAAUAACAUCAUCGACUCUUCAAGGAUCUCUCCUGAACGAAUCAAUAAUAUCUUCAUGGUCUUCACUCAAAAGAAACUCAUACAGCUAUUCAAACUGAAGCAGAUGCAGCAUUUGUUCAUGCUUUAUUGUCAAGAUGACGGGAGGAUUUCAGAGCACAAAUUUAUGAAGUUUAAUGCUCAGAAAUAUCUUGAGAUAAGAGAAAGCAUAUUGCUUUUGUGUCGUAGUUAUUAAAAUUUGGAUUCAUUUCUCUUCUCCUA